CGCUGGCGCGACCGCGUCAGCGCAUGCGCAGUGGCGCCUAGCGCGCUGAGGGACCGGAGGAGGAGCGCCGCGCCCGCCCGGUCUCCCUCCGCUGAAGGAGGCAGCGGCGCUUCAGAUUGUUAGUAAAUGUAUAUCAAGCAGACAGCCAAGAAUGAAGAAAGCAAGCCGGAAUAUUAGUUCGGUGCCCAAAGUUCCUGGAAUAACUAAAAUGCAAACAGUAGAGAAAGUUAAAACAGAAACCAGUUCCACAACGUCUGCAGCAACGAAACUUCCAAAAGCAGGAACAGCAGCCUCUUUCCUAAAGACAAAAAGCAACGAUGAUCUUUUAGCUGGAAUGGCUGGAGGGAUGAACGUCAGCAACGGUGUCAAGGGAGGGAAGAAGAGCGUUUCUACCUCAACAGGCCCUUCUGCUGCAGGGAAUGCCACCAUGAAUCCUGCGGAGAGCAAAUCAAAGUCCACUGCAGGUACAAAUUCUUCAGCUAAGCGUAGCACUUCAUCUGGAAAUAAGGAAUCCAGCUCUUCUCGGGAAAGGAUUCGUGACCGUUCACGACCAACUCAAAGUAAAAAACUGCCCCUGACUGGUCAGACAAGCAGUGAUGUCCUUCUUGCAAAACGUUCCCGCAGCCGUGCUAGUCAGGAUACUGAUGUUCGCAUGAGCAAGUCAAAGUCAGACAAUCAGAUCAGUGAUAAAUCUGUUCUAGAGGCGAAAGUGAAAGAUCUCCUGAUGUUAGCCAAAACAAAAGACGUUGAGAUCCUCCACUUAAGGAAUGAACUAAGAGAGAUGCGUGCUCAGCUGGGCCUUCAGGAAGAUCCGUUUGAGGAUGAUGAAAAAUCUGAGGAUAAAGAAACAAUUGUGAUCCACCAGCCGACUGAUGUAGAAUCCACACUGCUGCAUUUGCAGGAGCAAAACUCUGCCAUACGAGAGGAGCUGAAUCAGCUGAAGAAUGAAAACCGGAUGUUAAAAGAUAGAUUAAAUGCCUUGGGUUUUUCUCUAGAGCAAAGGUUGGAUAAUUCCGAAAAGCUGUUUGGCUACCAAUCUCUGAGCCCAGAAAUAACAACUGGAAGCCACAGCGACGGUGGAGGAACUCUUACUUCUUCAGUAGAAGGUUCCGCUCCUGGUUCCAUGGAAGAUCUUUUAAGUCAGGACGAGAAUACUUUGAUGGACAAUCAGCACAGCAACUCCAUGGAUAACCUAGAUAGUGAGUGCAGUGAAGUGUAUCAGCCGCUCACUUCCAGUGACGAUGCUUUAGAUGCUCCCUCGUCUUCAGAGUCGGAAGGAUUGCCAAGCAUAGAGACCUCAAGAAAAGGGAGCAGUGGCAAUGCCAGCGAAGUGUCUGUGGCUUGUUUGACAGAACGGAUUCAUCAGAUGGAAGAGAAUCAGCACAGCACAGCGGAAGAACUUCAGGCAACCCUUCAGGAACUUGCAGAUUUGCAGCAAAUUACCCAGGAGUUGAACAGCGAGAAUGAAAGGCUUGGAGAGGAAAAGGUUAUCCUCAUGGAAUCUUUGUGCCAGCAAAGUGAUAAGUUGGAACACUUUAGCCGACAAAUCGAGUAUUUCCGCUCUCUUUUAGACGAGCAUCAUAUAUCCUAUGUUAUUGAUGAAGACAUGAAAAGUGGACGCUACAUGGAGCUAGAGCAACGUUUUAUGGACCUUGCAGAGAAUGCACGUUUUGAAAGAGAGCAGCUUCUGGGUGUCCAGCAGCAUCUGAGCAACACUUUGAAGAUGGCUGAACAAGACAAUAAAGAAGCCCAAGAGAUGAUCGGGGCAUUGAAGGAACGGAAUCACCACAUGGAGCGAAUUCUUGACUCAGAGCAGAAAAGCAAGGCCACUCUGGCGGCUACCUUGGAUGAGUACAAAGCUACCGUCUCCAGUGACCAAAUUGAGAUGAACCGGUUAAAAGCACAGCUGGAACACGAGAGGCAGAAAGUUGCUGAGCUCUAUUCUAUACACAAAUCGGGUGAUAAGUCAGACAUCCAGGACUUGCUAGAGAGCGUCAGGCUUGACAAAGAGAAAGCAGAGACGUUAGCUGGCAACUUACAGGAAGAGCUUGCUCGGACACGUAACGAUGCCAAUCGUCUCCAAGAUGCCAUUGCAAAGAUAGAAGAUGAGUACAGAGCUUUCCGAGAAGAAGCCAAAAAGCAAAUUGAGGAUCUGAACAUAACCUUAGAGAAAAUACGCACAGAUUUGGAAGAGAAGGAAACAGAAAGGAGUGACAUGAAAGAAACCAUAUUUGAACUGGAGGACGAAGUGGAGCAGCAUCGAGCAGUGAAACUCCACGACAACCUCAUCAUCACUGACUUGGAGAACACAGUUAAGAAACUUCAGGAUCAGAAGCAUGACAUGGAAAGAGAGAUCAAGACCCUGCACAGGCGGCUGAGGGAAGAGUCUGCAGAGUGGCGCCAGUUUCAAGCAGACUUGCAGACUGCGGUGGUCAUUGCUAAUGAUAUCAAAUCUGAAGCCCAGGAGGAAAUUGGAGACUUGAAGCGCAGGCUGCAUGAAGCUCAAGAAAAGAAUGAAAAGCUCACCAAAGAGCUUGAGGAAAUAAAGUCACGCAAGCAAGAAGAGGAGCGUGGCCGAGUUUAUAACUACAUGAAUGCUGUAGAAAGAGAUUUAGCAGCCCUGCGGCAAGGCAUGGGGCUGAGCCGGAGGUCCUCCACCUCUUCAGAACCAACCCCCACGGUCAAAACACUCAUCAAGUCCUUUGAUAACGCCUCACAAGCCCUACUUAGUCCAGAAGGGUUUACAGGGAUGAGUAGGUCUGUGUGUAGAAGUUACAGAAGAAAAGUGGCUGAAAGGAAGCAGCAACUCAGAGUUAUAUAUGCUACAGAAAGGAACCAGAAAGGAACCAGUCGCACUUCGGGCCAAAUCAUAUGGGACAAUGCAUCAUCAGACUUUUCUGUUGUCUACAAAGAAAAUCUACACUCCGUCCUUUGGGUUCCUAGUCCUGCUGGAGCUACAAUCCCCCGAACUCCACUCAGCCCAAGUCCUUUGAAAACCCCUCCAGCAGCUGCCGUCUCCCCAAUGCAGAGACACUCCAUCAGUGGACCAAUAUCUGCUCCUAAACCGCUUGCAACUUUAUCAGACAAAAGGUCCAGCUAUGCGGAAAUUCCAGUUCAAGAUCAUUUGCUGAGAACUUCUUCUACCAGCAGACCAGCUUCUCUGCCAAGAGUUCCUGCUAUGGAAAGUGCUAAAUCGCUCUCUGUGUCUCGCCGAAGCAGUGAAGAAAUCAAACGGGAGAUGACCGCUCCCGACGGAACAUCUCCAGCCUCCCUCGUAGCAAUUGGGACCGCUUCGCCACAGCUGUCGCUCUCAUCUUCACCAACAGCAUCGGUCACUCCUACAACACGGAGUCGAAUAAGAGAGGAGAGGAAAGACCCUCUGUCUGCCCUGGCGAGGGAGUAUGGCGGCUCCAAGAGAAACGCUCUGUUGAAGUGGUGCCAGAAGAAGACAGAGGGCUAUGAGAAUAUCGAUAUCACCAACUUCAGCAGCAGCUGGAACGAUGGCUUGGCUUUCUGUGCCGUCCUCCAUACUUACCUCCCGGCACACAUUCCCUACCAGGAGCUGAACAGUCAGGACAAGAGAAGAAACUUCACACUGGCUUUCCAGGCUGCUGAGAGUGUUGGCAUCAAAUCCACUUUGGAUAUUAAUGAAAUGGUACGAAUGGAGCGUCCAGACUGGCAGAAUGUUAUGCUCUACGUCACAGCAAUUUACAAAUACUUUGAAACCUGAGAACAGGAAUAAUGGAGAGAAGCAGAAACGCAAGACUGUACCCUAAAACCAACUGGCCUCUUUUGGUGGACCCCUCUGGUCAGUUGAGCGAGCCAGGUUUAGUUACCAGAAUGAUUGGGCAAACUCAACAUUAAGUGUUAACGAAGAUUUCGUCCUUUUCUUGCCAGAGACUAAACUGAAUAUAAGCUGGAAAAAGCACAAGACUAAAGAAGGUCAUCUGAUUGUAUCACAAAGACUUUCUUUAGAAAAUGUUCCAAAAGGUUCGGUAAAUAUUAUUUUUGCUCCCCAGAGCAGAAGAAGUGGCUUCUUGUAACCUCAUCAAAGCCAUUUGAGAUCAUCUCAGUCUCUUCAGAAAAAGAAGUGCAAAGGUGCCUUCUCCUUGCCACAUUCACCUGACCGCAGGUGCUGUCUCACCAGGGCUGUGCGCAGCCGAGGAGUCCGUGUCUUAAGGCUGCCUCUUCCGAGGUUCGAUUGUAAUAAAGGCCCUGCCUCAAUUAAAUGGGGGGAUCUGGGAGAGCAGGCAGAUCACCCCCAGAUUCCAGGAGACAACCAUACGGAGAUCAGUUGACUUCUUUCUUGGCUUUUCUUUUUGGUGGUGCUCCAGAUAAGAUUGUUUCAGAUGAAGAGAAUGUUUGGGUCACAGGACAGGAUAAGCUUUUCAAAAACUGGUCAGUGUAACGUUCUUGCCCCGUGGGGGGUCUGCAAGUGGCUUAGCUGCUGCUCCUGUGUAUGGGUGGAAGGAAAAGGGGCUUCUGGGGCUCUCCCUGUGCGGCUCUGCAGGCUCUGCCCUUUGGAUUAAAACUGGUUUAAUAGGUGGAAUUGAUCCUGAUCAGGAGAUGGAAGGACAACUUUGGAUCUCCGCCUGGGGCUUUCAAUCAACCUGGCCUCAACCGUGUGGGGGGAGGCGAGUGCCUCACCUGACCCUGGGGAGAGCAACCGCCGCAGCCUCCAGGACCAGGGAGCUCCACAGAGUGUCUAGUGACCCCCCUCCCCCAGGAGGCCUUGGCAAAGAGACAGUGCUAGGAUUUGCUGCUGGGCAAUGAAAUAAAGGAUUUCUCCCCCUUCCAUGGAGGGGCCAAGGGUCAAAUCUGCUCACGCCGGAAGAAAACCCCUUGCCUUUUUGAAUACAAGUCUGUUACCUUUUGUUUGCAAAUGUACUUUGCUUUUCCCACUCAAUGUAAUUUUGCAUUCUUGGAUGUGCCUGGCAAAGGACUGAAUGUUGCCAGUAAGUGAGCUGUUGAGAAUAUAAUCCAGUUCCACAAUUUCGCCUCGAAAACGCUGUGGACAGGCAUUGAAACCAGACUAGGUCCUGCAACUAGUCAGAAUGAACUCUGAAGAAUGUAGCCAAAAAGUUUUCUUGUGCCUCUUGUACGUCAUUCACAGCACAAAAACAUUUUACAAACUGCCUAGUGGGCUCCCCCCCCGAUUUCUGUUUCUGGUUUUCCGGAAGGAGCCUGCAAAUACCAACAGAUUUGCCUUGGGAUCCCUUCCGUGGAGAUUGGCAUGGGAGGAAAUACACGGGGAGCCUGCUCUAGGCCCCCCAGCAUUCUUCCGUUUGUCUUAAAAGGAGCCUUUGCACCAAACAUUGUCCUGGCCACCCCUGAACCCUCUGGAGGUGAUGGGGGUGGAAGGCAGGCAGGCAGGCAGCCUUCGUCUCUUCUUCCAGAGUCUAAAUUAAUGAGGCCUUGUGUCCUGUGUCCGUCCUGUUCCUCCCCACCCCCCCACCCCGCCGCACAAUUGUAUUGCAUCCUAUAAGAAGAUAUAUAUUUUUCUUCUAAGCAGAUGGCAACUCAUUGUAGCCCAGCAACAGUGAGGUGAGUUUUAUACAGGAAUCGCUCCAGGAGUUCUUGCUCUGGCCUUCGAGGGAGGGAAGCAGGCCUCAGUGAAAGGGAGAAUGACAGGCAGAGAGAGCGUCUGACUUGCUUUCUGGCAGUGACGAUCUGUAACUUUUGAUAAAGAUGGAAUUAUAUUAAGAUCUCAACAAAAAAAAUAUUUUAUCAAGGAAAGCACUCAAAAGGGUGAAAGACAUCUAAAGAAGCUUCUUACUCUACAAUAGAAGAAUGCUUAACAGGGAAGUUCUUUGUUAGAUUCUUUAAAUAUUCUUGAAUUCUUUAGCCAUCUUCUAAAAAACAACUAACUUAUGUAAAAAUAUAUUCUUGUUACUUUUGUCUUAUUAAAUAUUUUGAAUAUGCGAUAAAAGAAGUUGCUCUGCUCAA